AUGACCAGCGCACCGGGAACCACAGCAUGUAUUUGGCUGCCUGCUUCUGGUGAUGUUCGGCCAAGUACCAACAUGGCAAUGCGCUUUAUCCAAGACAAAAAGCUCGAAGGCCGCACGUUUGGAGUUUUCUCCAAGUGUGACCAGACAUCCUGCAGAGAUGUCUUGCGCGCUCUAGUGCUGAACGAACCUUGUGAUGAUGGAGAAACGGCGGAGGUUCUGGGAAGGGUUGCUUUGAGGAGCUGGGUGACCUGCAUGUUGAAGGCUCCCAAUGAAAAACAUCUCCAAACACACAAUUUCGAGCGGCUCUUCCUUCAAUCUCAAAGGGAGCAAGAGUUCUUCGAACAUGGCGGUCCCGACUUGAAGUGCCUUGUUGAGAAAGAGUGCGCAGGCAUCCCUUGCUUGGUUCGAAAUUUGGAGGAGGCUUACUCCAACUAUUUGCAUAGCACAUGGAAAGCAGGGGCGAUGGGGAAGGUCCUCCAAAAACUGGAGGACAAAGAGGUUGAGUUCACAGAGCUGGGAGUUGUGGAAGAGACUGAAGCGAAAAACCAGCUCGCCAAGCAAGAGGUUGAGAAGCGCUUCAGUGAUGAUGGCCCGGAUGCACCCGUGAAGCAGUUGUACUUGGAGUUCAGGGAGACAAUUCUGAAAUCGAUGAGGCAGAGAGCCCAAGAAGUCCUGAUGAGGCUGACCAACGGUGAAGUUGAUGCAUGUUCGCAAGGCGAACGCCUCAAUCAGAUUCGAGAAGCAUUGAAGACUGAACUUCUUGCUCCUGUACAGCGAGUCUCCGAGCAUUUUCUGGAUCACUUGAAGUCGAUCCUCGAAGCAGAGAUUCCUCUUGAAAAAGAACCCUCCAUUGCGGCAGCAGCGGGCAGCUACUGCAUGCAGACCUGCCAGUAUGUCAGGAGACGGUAUUUUGGAAAGAGUGCCCCCCAGAAGCAGGAAUUGAGGAGGAUCCUGAAAGGAACUCCGUUCAUUCAGCUUUGUCGCUACAAGGCCUUUACUGACGCUGUCAUGCAGAAGUGCAAGAAUCUGUUCGAGGAACAAGAGGACCUUAUGAAAAAGAAAGCCGUGUGGCUUGCGUCUCGCUUUACCGAUGUGGACAGCCCCUGGCUUCAUUGCACUGCCACCAGUAUUGCUUGCCCGGAUGAGAGGAUGAAGGAGUUCAUUGAACGGGCCGAAGCAAUGUUCCUGCGCCUUCUUCCGACGCCAAGUCAGUUGAAGAAGCUGCCUGACAAUCUUGAUGUGGGGGUGGCUACUGAGGAGUUCCAAAAGAAGGCAGACAGUUUGAAGGACGAGCUGAAGAAGAUCAAAUUGGCUCGCGACGGAAUCAAACGAGCUCUCUUCACCGAGGAAGAGUUCGGGCAGUUCGUGUCGAGCUUUCAAACUGAACGCAGCGGCUGA